CGGCUUGGCCGGACUUCGCCGCGGUGGUGGCCGGGAUUCUGGCGGAAUCUGAGGCUGGCUGAGAGCAGAAGAGAACCGGCGAUGACAGGAGGCGGCAGUCAAGCAGACAUGAGAGAGAUCUUGGGGCAUUAGGAAACCUUCGCCCCCGACCCGGCAUGGCCGGUCUCAUCAAGAAGCAGAUCCUGAAGCACCUGUCCAGGUUUACAAAGAAUCUCUCCCCAGAUAAAAUCAACCUGAGCACACUGAAAGGGCAGGGGCAGUUGACCAACCUUGAACUGGAUGAAGAAGUUCUGCAGAAUGUAUUGGAAUUGCCCACCUGGCUAGCUAUUACUCGAGUCUUUUGUAACAAAGCAUCGAUUAGGAUCCAGUGGACAAAACUGAAGACUCAUCCAAUUUGUCUGUAUCUAGAUAAAGUGGAAGUUGAGAUGCGGACAUGUGAAGAACCCCGACCACCCAAUGGACAAUCUCCCAUUGCUCUAGCUUCAGGCCAGAGUGAAUAUGGCUUUGCUGAGAAAGUAGUUGAGGGUAUGUUUAUUGUUGUGAAUUCCAUCACCAUCAAGAUUCACUCCAAGGCCUUUCAUGCUUCUUUUGAACUGUGGCAACUCCAAGGAUACAGUGUCAAUCCCAACUGGCAGCAAAGUGACCUGCGCUUUACUCGUAUUACUGAUUCCAAUAGAGGGGAGGUGUUAACAUUUAAAGAACUUACCUGGCAGACUCUUCGUAUAGAGGCAGAUGCUACAGAUAAUGGUGAUCAAGAUCCUAUCACCACACCUCUAAGACUUAUUACCAAUCAGGGCAAAAUCCAAAUAUCCCUUAAGAGAAAGACAAAGGACUGCAAUGUGGUGGCAUCCAAGCUAAUGUUCCUCCUUGAUGACUUGCUAUGGGUGCUGACUGACUCUCAGCUGAAGGCUAUGAUGAAGUACGCAGAGUCUUUGAGUGAAGCCAUGGAGAAGUCAGCCCAGCAGAGGAAAAGUUUGGCUCCUGAACCUGUCCAAAUCACACCACCUGCUGCUACUGCCCAACACUCUUGGCCUCAGUCAUUUGGGAACAGCCCAAAAGCAAUCAGCCAGUACUUUGAGAAACAUGACAUGAAAGAGUCUUCCUACCACCUUCUCAUCUCCCGCUUGGACCUUCACAUCUGUGAUGACAGUCACACUCGUGAAACAGGCACUUCCAGACAUGGAGUAACGGGAGGUGCAAUGCAGCUAACCUUUAGGAGAAUGACUUUUGACUAUUAUCCUUUCCAUUGGGCUGGUGACAGCUGCAAGCACUGGGUGAAAUAUUGUGAUGCCAUGGAGAUCCGAGACCAAUGGGCAAAAAAGCUAGUGAAUGAAUUCCAAAGCAAGAUGGGAAAAAAUGUUGACGAAAUAAGCUCUUCAUUCUCUAGAACUGCAGGUGGAGAGUCUUCCUUCAAAAAGAGACCAGAUACUACUCCUAGUUCCCAAAAAGGCUCUCCUGAGAAGGGUGUAACUCCAGUGAGAGUAUUGCCUCCUCAUGUAUCUGAGUUCCAAUGGCCUUCAUGGAAUAGACUCCGAUCCAGUUGUGUAGUUGUCCGAGUAGAUGAUUUGGAUAUUCAUCAGGUUUCCACAGCUGGACAGCAUAGUAAGAAACCCUCAACACUGCUUUCAUGUAGGAGAAAAUUAUUGGGUUUUCCUGAUCAAAUCUCAGCAAUUCAUAUGGAGUUCACUGAAUACUACUUCCCAGAUAAUCCAAACUUUCCAGUCCCCUGCCCAAACCUGUACCUACAGCUGAAUGGUUUGAUUUUCACCUUGGACACAGUGAGCAUGCUUUGGGUGAAUUUGUUCUGCCUUGAUCUCUAUCGCAGCCUACAGCAUUUCAAAGCUAUUUACGAGCUGGAGAACUCUGGCAAGCGGGAUGAGCACAUAGAUGUCAGGCUGGAUGGCUUUAAGCUGAAGCUGAACAUACCAGUUGAGAAGAAAGUAAUCAAUCACCGAGAUCGUCCUCACUGUCUCUCCAUUCGCACAUCAGAGAUGACAGCCACCAACACACGCCAUGCUCCUCACUGCAGUUGUUUGGCCCUCCAGAACCUGUUUCGUAGAUUUGCUUCUUCAGAAUUCUUCCAUUCCAGCUACACUCAGUUUCCUAAAUUUCAGGAUAACUUCAGCCUCCUCCACACCCUCUUCUUACGCCAUGCAUUCCAAGUGGACACCAAGACUCAAAAAAAUGCAAAAUUUCACCAUUCUCUUAGAAAGUCUUCAGCUUCUGAAGAUCUUUGGUCAGUUAAUUUCACCCAGAUCUCCCUGGACUUUGAGGGGACCAAGAGUUCAAAAGGCAAAUCCCUUAGUUUUAUCAACCCAUUCCCACUCUGUGUGUGGGCUUGUCUCCCAAAGAGGUGGGAAGAAGCCCAGACAUCAAAGCUGCAGGUUAAAGUGAAACCUUCUACUACCUUUAGUAACCAUGCCAAACAUCAGGACUUUUCCAGAGAGGAACAGUUCUGCCAAAGAUCAAAGACUGAACAGGAUUUGAAGACUGUCUUUGUCACUCCAGAGGUGAAGGAGGUCUUAGAAGAGAGUAGUGUUAAUGAUGAAGAAAAUGAUAAAGAUGUUGAAGUCUCUGCUGAUGUUCAUGUGCUUCUUUAUUCAAGUGCACAUGUGAAGGUGCGAGUCAAUCACUACCAGUAUUUGAUGCUACUUAGGAUGAAGGAAGCUCUGCAGGCUUUUCAAGAACAAUUGACCCAAGACACUAUGGAAGUAUUGGGGUCGCCUCUAGAUUCCAUAACUACUUGCAUUGGUAUCAUGUUCAAGAGUGCUGAGGUGGCCCUGCUAAUGCCUCCUACUGCAGAUGCUACAUUGGAACCUAGAUCAUCAGACUCUGAUACUACAAGUCUAAUAGAAUCUGAACUCUCACCUUCAGAAAGUAAGGAGGGGCUGGCUGUUGAAGAAAAGGACCUUAGAUCCGAUAGUAGCUCUGAGAAAGGAGACAGCAGCCUCAUGAAAGCACUAGAAGAUAGUGGAAUUGAAAACCCAAAUAUGAGUACAUUGCAGGAUGGAAUGCUGAAAUCACAGAGUGAUGGCUUGUUGGUAGGAGAAGAGUUUCACAGCCAAGCAACCAGAGAAAGAGGCCCUGUAGAAGAAGCACAUGAAGCUGAAGAAACUCUUGGUGCAGAGAGACCAAGUGAUCUUGGUAGCCUCUCUCAUACUCCUCAUGUUCUUGCUUCCAGCCCAUCUUCUGUCAUAGAUCCUUUAGGUGGCAUACAAGUCUCUCUUAAUGGACAAGAAGAGCUGAUCCCUUUAAAGAACAUGGAGAUGGAAUUAUCAAGUGCUUUGCAUAUAACAAAGGAUGCCACCAAGGAAGCCUUGCAUGUGACUAUGGACCUCACCAAAGAAGCCAUGUCUAUGACAAAAGAUGCUUUCAGCCUGAGCAAGGAAAAAAUGGCUUCUACUAUGCAGAAAAUGCUGUUCCUUCCUCAAACCAAGGAUCCAGCACCUAAGGCUGAAGAGGGGUCAUUGACUCCAGUGGGAGGCAGUGGCAACCGUAUGCGAUUCUUCUCCAUGAAGAGGACUGCUUCCCAGCAUUCCUUUGAUACCAGCUCACUUGAUGGCAGUGGUCCUGAAGAUAGGCUGUCUCUGGACAGUGAUGGCAGUGAUGGUUUUGUGAUGCUUAUGGAUGCAGAGUCCAGCCUGGAACCUCAUACCCCAGGACACCUUCCUCAGAUUCUUAAUGAUGCAGACAACAGAAAAAGCCCAGUGACAGAUGAGGAGAGAGAAUCAACAUAUAUCAACAGUUCAGCUUCUCAGAGUGGAGAUGACUCCAACCCUCAGCUGGUAUCUGUUUUGAUUCUGAAAAUGAAUGAAGUAAACUGUGUGAUAGAGACAAAAGGAAAUGAUAUGGCACUAGCCCUUCAAGUUAUGGAGGUAACUCCUGAACAACUGGGAAAUAUAAGAAUGUGGCACUAUCUGGAGAGUAAUUAUGAAGGAGAUCUGAACCCAGAAAGGUCUGCAACAGAAGAAACCAACCAGACUCAGCCUGAGGUGUGUUUACGGUUUGAAAUAGGACCGAGUGCUGCAGUACAUUCACCCCUGGCUGUCCGAAAUGGAUUUUUCCACAUGGUGAUCCAGAGCUACCAUAAAGAACUGCUGACAUCCUCUCUUACAAACCUUGGACCCUUCCUUGAGGAUGAGGUGAUUCCUGAAGUUAUUCCCCUGAAGAUUGAAAUUAUGGAUGCCAAGAUCACACUGAAGGAUGAUAGACCUCGAGUAUAUCCUACUUCUCCUGGUUCUAUUCCUAUCAUUCUUGCAGCAGAUCACAUUGUUGUUCAGUGUAAUGAUGAUGGAGUGUUCUGUAUAACAGAUGCAAAAGGGGAAGAAUCAUCUGUGCAGAAAAGUCCCAAGAAACGACAGAUUCCAGUAGAGAAAAUCUCUGUAGUUUCAACAGCUGGAGAUGAUGAACUACAGCUAAAAGAAAUGCCAGCUUUGGCAAGAGAGCUACAGGUUACCAAAAAUGCCCUAGCAGAAGCCAAUCUGGACAAGGUACGUCUACUGCAGGAAAUUAGGAAAUAUGAUCCUCUCUUCCAACUUUGACAGCAGUGACCUGGGCUACAGAUGCUCAGGGCAACCAGAGAUCAACACCAGCAUCAACAUAAUGCCUAGGUAGGGCAACAUCAGACCAUAGUAACUGCCUUGAGG